ACUAUGCGCAGUACUGUCCAUGCGCCCACGCCGUCUCAGAGGGUCUUGGGCAUCAUGGCGGAGCCGGAGGUCUCCGCUCAGGUUUCCAGGACCUCGCAGACUAGCGCGCCCUCCGUUGCCGCUGUCGCCGCCGUCGCUGCUCCUCCGGGAGUGGGGACAGGCGGAGCUGCGGGAAGCAGCAGCAGCAGCAGCAGCGAUCCGGUUCGCCCGGGAUUAAGCCAGCAACAGCGCGCGAGCCAGCGCAAGGCGCAUGCGCGGAGCUUCCCACGGCCAAAAAAGCUGGAAAAAUUAGGAGUGUUUUCAGCGUGCAAGGCUAAUGACUCUUGCAAAUGCAAUGGCUGGAAGAACCCAAACCCACCCACGGCCCCCCGCAUGGACCUGCAGCAAACAGUCACCAAUCUCAAUGAGCCCUGUCGUAGCUGUGGGCACACGCUAGCUGACCAUGUGUCUCAUCUGGAGAAUGUCUCUGAGGAAGAGAUCAAUCGGCUUCUGGGAAUGGUGGUAGAUGUGGAGAACCUUUUCAUGUCUGUGCACAAGGAAGAGGACACUGACACCAAGCAGGUGUAUUUCUACCUGUUCAAGCUCCUUAGGAAGUGCAUUCUGCAGAUGAGUCGACCAGUUGUUGAGGGAUCUCUUGGGAGUCCUCCUUUUGAAAAACCAAACAUUGAACAGGGUGUCUUAAACUUUGUGCAGUACAAGUUCAGUCACUUACCCCCCAAGGAGCGGCAAACCAUGUUUGAGCUGUCCAAAAUGUUUCUUCUGUGCCUAAACUACUGGAAACUAGAAACGCCAUCCCAGUUCCGCCAGCGUUCACAAAACGAUGAUGUGGCAACCUAUAAGGUUAACUACACCCGGUGGCUGUGUUACUGCCAUGUUCCCCAGAGCUGUGACAGUCUUCCUCGCUACGAAACCACCCAGGUCUUUGGGCGCAACCUCCUCAAGUCCACUUUCACAGUUACUCGACGGCAGCUGCUAGAGAAAUUCCGUGUGGAAAAAGACAAGCUGGUGCCAGAGAAGCGGACCCUCAUCCUCACCCAUUUCCCCAAAUUUCUGUCGAUGCUAGAGGAGGAAAUCUAUGGAGAGAGCUCCCCAAUUUGGGAAGCAGACUUCACUAUGCCUGCAACGGAAGGAGCCCCACUUGUACCCCGGCCAGCGAUCAGCACAGUUCCUGCUGCCAGCACUCCACUCUUCAGCAAAUCUCUCAGCUGCAGCUCAUCUUUAUCAUCUAUUAACCUGGAUGGCAGCUCAAUGGAUUCUGUGCCAGGUGAAAAGAGGAAACUUCCAGAGAGCUUAACACUUGAGGACGCCAAGCGUAUUCGUGUGUUAGGUGACAUCCCGAUGGAACUUGUGAAUGAAGUCAUGUUAACCAUCACAGAUCCAGCAGCCAUGUUGGGCCCUGAGACCAGUCUGCUCUCAGCGAACGCCGCACGCGAUGAGACAGCCCGACUUGAGGAGCGGCGUGGCAUCAUUGAAUUCCAUGUCAUCGGCAACUCCCUCUCUCAGAAAUCAAACAAGAAGAUCCUCAUGUGGCUGGUCGGGCUGCAGAAUGUUUUUUCACAUCAACUUCCGCGAAUGCCCAAGGAGUACAUCACCCGCCUGGUUUUUGACCCUAAGCACAAGACUCUUGCACUGAUCAAGGAUGGACGAGUGAUUGGUGGCAUCUGCUUUAGGAUGUUCCCAACACAGGGAUUCACGGAGAUUGUCUUUUGUGCGGUGACGUCCAAUGAGCAAGUGAAGGGCUAUGGGACUCACCUAAUGAAUCAUCUGAAAGAGUACCACAUCAAACACGGCAUUCUCUACUUCCUCACCUAUGCUGAUGAAUAUGCCAUUGGCUACUUCAAGAAGCAGGGUUUCUCCAAAGACAUAAAGGUCCCCAAGAGCCGAUAUCUUGGUUACAUCAAAGACUACGAGGGAGCUACUUUGAUGGAGUGUGAACUGAACCCCCGGAUUCCCUACACAGAGCUUUCCCACAUCAUCAAGAAGCAGAAGGAGAUCAUCAAGAAGCUGAUAGAGAGGAAACAGGCACAGAUCCGCAAAGUCUACCCUGGCCUCACUUGCUUCAAGGAGGGUGUGCGGCAUAUCCCAAUUGAAAGCAUUCCAGGCAUCCGGGAAACAGGAUGGAAGCCCUUGGGAAAGGAGAAAGGGAAGGAGCUUAAGGAUCCAGACCAGUUGUAUACCACCUUGAAAAAUCUCCUUGCACAAAUCAAGACCCACCCCAGUGCCUGGCCAUUCAUGGAACCAGUCAAGAAAUCUGAGGCUCCAGACUAUUAUGAGAUCAUCCGUUUCCCCAUUGACCUCAAGACAAUGACGGAACGUCUCAAGAACCGAUAUUAUGUCACCAAGAAGCUGUUCAUUGCUGACUUGCAGCGCAUCAUCACCAACUGCCGUGAAUACAACCCACCCGAGAGUGAUUACUGCAAGUGUGCCAACACCCUGGAGAAGUUCUUCUAUUUCAAGCUGAAGGAGGGAGGGCUUAUUGACAAGUAGGGUAGCAGCUGAUGAUCGCAUAGGAUUUUUCACCACCAUUCCUUCCAUCUUGUUGAAGCUUGGAAACAGCUGAACAUUUGCCUCGCUGCCUUUCGCCGCGUGUCACGCACAAAUCAGAUGUGCAGAAGUUCUGCUUUAUGUUCUUGGGACUAUGGCUUGGUGGUGUGGGGAGAGAUGACAACCAAUGCAGAUUUUUAUUUCUGCUUCACACUUCCCUCCCUCUAAUGAACUGGGAACUGCCAUCAGCCCUGUUGGUUUCUGAGCCUUAUCACUCCAUCCAUUGGGUCUUCCUUUCCAGAAGAGAGUAACUGGGAAUCCUCUUGGAGAUUAUUCCUCACUCUCUUUUUUUUAGAAUGAUCACGUAAUCAUCAGAGAUCGAACAAGGGACCUUCUAUAGCUUAAGAGACCUGCUGACAAGGGGCUUAUGACAGCUCCUUUUCUACAGUCUACCCCAUUCUCACUCGCCUUUCACAAUUUUUCUAUUUUUGAUUGUGGGUCUUCUGUAGUUUCAUGCUUUCCACCUUCUGGAAAGUUUCACUUGUUUGCACUCCAUCCUUAGUUAAAGGUUCAGCCAUUUCUUGUUGACGUGUGAAUGUAGAAAAGAAGCAGAAGGGUGGGGACCUUUCAGCAAUAGGGAGUUUCUUCCUUGCUCUCCCCCCCAUACACACACACACACAUACCUUGCCAAAAAGCCUUUGGUGGGACCAUACUUGAAGAGUUCCUUUUAGGACUUUCCUUUUAAAACCGUCCCUUUCUUUUUUAACUGUUCACAAGCCCCACCACUCAAGUGUCAUUUUCUUUCCUGCAAAGAAUAUUGAGGCCAAAUCACCUCUGGCUACGAGACAUGGGCAAAGUGUAAUAUGGGGAGGAAAGAAGAGACAACUCCCCUUUAUUAAUCCCCCCAAUGCACUUUCAAGACUUACAAAUCCCACCAAAAGCAUUUUCAGAUGGCAUUUUAUUCAUACCUGGAUCGGGACUGAAGAAUCUUUGGCCCUCCAGAUGGUUUGGUCUGCAGCUUUCAUGUUGUCUUACUGUUGGCUAUGUUGGUCAAGGUGGAUGGUGCUUUAAACAUAAGCAUCUUGAGGGUCAGCAUUUCCACAUCCUUGUCUUACAGCAGUGGCUCCCAGCCUUGGGUAACCCAGGUGCUUUUGGACUGUAGCUCUCAAAAACCCUGAUCAGCCCAGCUAGUGGUCAAAGUUUCUGGGAGUUGCAGUCCAAGAACACCUGGGUUACCCAAAGUUGGAAAUCGUUGUCUUGCAGAAUGAUAGUAAUAAAUCAAAAGCUUCUUACUUUUUCAGAUCAGAACGAGCAAGCGUGUUUCCCUCUCCCCCAAACACUCUGGCUUCCCUGCCCCACUUCCUGAUUGAUGAACGAUUCCUGAUUGUUUUUCUCCUUGCACUUACUGGACCUCACAUUUCUUUGGUAAAUGGUAGCCAAAGUCUAAUGGUAGUCACUGCACUUGGCCUCUAGCACAUUUAAGUCUGAUCAGGUCUCACUUUUCAUCUGUCGUGCUGCUUCCGACUGUGGUACUUCUGGCAUUAAUUUAUCUCUCUUUUGUUCUUCCUCCCCUCCCCCUGAUCUUUAAUGUGUUUUUUGUUGGUCAUAUACCAGUGAGUGUCUUCCAAAUUGAUUGUUCCAUGUGUUUUGGAUGGUGGCAGGAGCAUUACAAUUUUUUUAAAAAAAAAUCCAUAUAGGCAAACAGUUUUAUUGCUCACUAGAUAAUUUCAGGUUAUCAUAUUAUCUAAUAAAUACAUUAAAUACAUUAUCUAAUAAAUACAUUAAAGCCGCCACAUUGACUGACACAUACACUCCAGUCAGUUUUCCCAAAAUGUCUGUCAGGUGAGGAGGCGGCUAAUACAUGUGCCACCAUGCAGUGAAAUAAAAGUACAGCUACCAGCUUUUAUGUUGGGAAGAGAACAGUUCCUUCAUUUCUUGUCUCUAGUGGUUCCCCCCAUCCUUCCAUGAGGGGAAAGGUUUGAGAACAUUAGCUCCAUAAGAAUGAACUUAUCCUUGCGGGUAAGAAUUCCUAGCAUAAUGAGGUGGAGAGAAGUUGACAUGUAAACACCCCGAAUCGAACGUGGGCAACCUGUAGUCUAACAGAUGUUAAGCUACGCUACCCAUCAUCCCUCCUCAAUGGCAGUGUUAGUUCAUUAGCUGAGGUGGCCCAGGUCUAUGGGAGUUGCAGUGCAGUUCUCUUACGUUGCUUGACAGUGCACUGGAUCCUUGUGAAGAAAAUUGGUGACCUGUAUUAAAUGAGGUUUCAGGACUAUCUACCAUUUCCUUUUCCUCUUCCAUCCACAACAGCCUGAAGUAGAGCUUUUGACUCCUGUUUUUGUACUUUUAAUUUGAUUCAGUUAAGUGGAAAUGAGAGUCUGAGGAAGAAGGUGGUUUGUAAGUUGGCAGGCCGUGCAACAGUCGUUCAGUUGCUAACUGAUUUUCUUCCCUCCUUCUGGCUGACCCGUCCAGGUGGAUGUUUUUGGAGUUCAAUCACUUGUUCCAGAAUUAAUAAUUUCUUCAGCACUACAUGUUUCUCAUUAACACCUUGCCAGUGAUUCAGUGUAAAAUUUAACCUUGUAUUGCUUCCCAGCCAUCUGUCAACAAUCAUCAGCACACAAAGUCUAUAGAAGUUGCCAUGGGAACCAAGUCAGACAUUUUCCUCCAUUGAUUCCAGUGUCUUCUUCCAAUCAUGUGCGCACUCAUCCUUUCCUAUCCCUUCCACUCAUUACAGGAAAAUUAUUUCCAAUCUGUGUAAGGAACCUCAUAAUAAGGGAGCGGAAAGAGGGAGGGAAACCUUUUGAGCGAUGAUCUUCCUGCCUUCUUUAAAAUAACUGUUGCCUUAUGCCCACCAUGUUUGUGUAUUUAAUGUGUACAUUUGCAGGGCCUGAUUCUACUAUUUUAGGCCUUUCAAUAAUGUUGCCAUUCCAUUUUUUAAAUACAUAAAGGAGUUAAAAAUAAAAGAAUAUGUCCAAAACAGAAAAGAUUUACUGCUUUAUUUUAGAUCUAGUAUCACAGACAUUGUAGAAUGAUUUAUUUUGGUUUAGUAAUGCUCUUGUGACUCUCAACCUUGCGCAGCAGGACUGGUUAAUUAUCCUGGUGACUUAGGAAACAAUUUUUCUUUUUUAUCAUUUUUUAUACAUUGUAGAACUGAAGUACGUAACAUAGUUAUUAGAAGCAUUUUUCUUUUUUCAAAGAAAAAACAAUUUACCUAUCCUGGAUAGAUCAGGUCAGGGCAACUGUGCUCCCUCCCUAUUGUAGAAAAUCUCAUCAUCCUUUACCACCAUAGGCAGUGGUGAGAAAUUAUGAGCCUUGUAGCCCAAUAACCUAUGGAGGGCCACAGUUUAUACAGACUGUAUACAUUGCUUAUUUUGCAUAAUUUUAUACUUCCACCUUCAUGAAGAGGAUUAUGCUAGUCAAUGAAAACAAUAGAGAAAUCUUGGUUGCUCUCUCUUGCCAAUAUGCAGCUUCUAACAUUCUAUUAUCUGUUGCCUAUCAUCUUCUAAAAUUUUAUCUCUGCGAUCAUAAGGUCUAGCAGCUUGCUUCUGUCUUCAUUUUUGUUUUAAUAAAACAUGGGAUUCUUAGGAAGGUGCACUCAGUGUCCCAUAGAAUAUUUUCCCCCAAAUUUGGCAGCUGCAAUAAUACAUAGCAGAACAGCUUAUCCUUCAUUAGUGGAUUAGCACAUGCCAUGUGUACACAGCACCUUACAUUCACUCUUUGGUGUACUCAUCCGAAGGAUCUCAGCAGAGCAGGGAGAGAAAACCUAGUGAGAAGCUGCAAGUUAGGGUUGGUUGUAGAGCCAUGGUGAAUCGGUGGCUUUGAUGCAUUGUGCAAGACAGCUUCAUAAAAUGUUGACAGUAAAACAGCGUGGAGUGUCCUCACUUUGAAAGUUGCCAGUUAGAAUUCAAUGUUCUUUUUUCCUGUCCACCAUGUGGACCUGGUCAAGGACUGCUGUUCUACUUCAAUCUUUUUCCAGUUACAUUUGGAGCUGUGAUGUGCAGGAUUUGUACUACCAGAGGGACACAGACAUAACCUAGGAGACAUGCAGGAUUUUCUUAACAAUUAUCAAUAACUUGUUCUCUCUCUCAAUUUCUUGGUGAGCUGAAAGUGUGAUGUACCAUUAUCUUUGGGGUUUUUUAAAGGUCCCACAACAUUUAUGUGCAACAACACAACUUUCAGUGUAAUAGAAUUAGUAUCAUUGUGUCUUUGUUUAUUCUCAACAAUUCUAUUCUAAUUUUUAAUAUAAUUUUAAAUAUACUGCA